UGGCGGUUAGCACUGCAACUGUGAAAAUGUAACGACUGGCUAUAUGUGAUGCCGAAGGUUAGGGAAAAGAUUUUCAAAACGCAAAACUAUGGUGUCGCGAAGCAAUAAAGAGUAUUAAGCUGGAUAAAGCGUUAAAACUGGCCACGCUGUGUUUGGCGACGUGACGUUGGGAGUUCCCUCUACGGUUAGCUAAGGUUAGCUGCCAGUGGAUUGUGUUUUUGUUUUGUUUACUGCCAGCAGUCUGUUAAGUUGUCACCGAUAUCACGGCAGUAAUUUGAUCUGUGCCAUGUACUGAAACAACCUUAAUAUUACAACUCACUACUGUGACUUCUGUUGAUGUGUUUGUGAAUCGCCACAUAACAUAAAUGAACAGCAGCUAAAUAGAUAACUUUACCGUCAGUCACCAGCCCAGUCACCAGCCCAUCUGCCGCAUCGCUGGGUGUUGGACAUCCAGUGAAACCACAGACCAUGUCCGUCAAUGGGAAAGUCAUCCCGCAUACUCCGCUUGCCGUAGACUUCUGGCAGGUGCGGAAGUGUCCAGGCACCCGGCUGUUUUUCUUGUCCCACAUGCACAGCGAUCACACGGUGGGUUUGACCUCCACCUGGAGCAACCGGCCCAUCUACUGCUCACCAACCACUGCCACGCUGCUCAGACUCAAACUACAGGUGAAAGAACAGUGGAUCCAUCCAUUAGAGCUGAGCGAGCCAUACAUGCUGCCACUAGAUGACAUCGGCAAGGAGAGGCUGGUGGUCACGCUGCUUGACGCCAACCACUGUCCAGGGGCCGUCAUGUUUCUCUUUGAAGGCUACUUUGGCUCAAUACUGUACACUGGUGACUUCAGAUAUACUCCCACAAUGCUGCGUGAGCCAUGCCUAAGGACGAACACCACUAUAGAUGUCUUGUACCUGGACGGCACCAACUGUGACCCCAACCGCAUUCUUCCCUCCAGACAGCGAGCCACUCAACAAAUCAAAGAGAUCAUCCGCAGCCACCCCAACCACAAUGUUGUUAUAGGUCUGUACUCACUUGGAAAGGAGUCCCUGCUGUUGGAGCUGGCGAUGGAGUUUAAAACCUGGAUUGAGGUGAGCUUUGAGAGGAUGGAGACCCUCAAAGCUCUGGAGCUGCCUGACGUUUUCACCACCGACCCCGGAGCCGGUCGUAUCCGAGUUGUGGAUCAGUCAGCGAUUUGUUCUGCCACUUUCCAACAGUGGAACAAAGAACAGCCUACUUUGGGCAUCUUGCCCACCAGCAGGCCCCUGGUUUCCUUCCACCCCAAUGUCCAUGUGGUGCCAUACUCUGACCAUUCCUCUUAUCAAGAGCUGGAGGAUUUUGUCUCUGCACUUAAACCUGCUUCCCUUAUACCUAUUGCAGGAAAAUGCGUACCUGGAAGUCUCUCUGCCUUACUGCCCAGCAAAAAGCACCACGAAUUCCUGGUGCCUGAGUCAGUUCAACUGUACAUGUUGAGACAGCCUGAGAACCAGCUCAGCUCAUCUACAUACGCCAGCCUUCGCCACAGACACUUCCGACCUUUAACUCCUAAAGGGGUGAUAUUCGAGUCUCCUGUAAGGGCAUCCAGUAGGUCAUGCGAAGGUCUCUGGGGAGCAGAAUGCCUGGAGCAGGAUGCUUCAGAGGAAGAGAUGGACACAGAAAGUAGUGAAAAAGACUGUAUCCUUAUAGACAUUAGCAAAAAACUCACCCCAAACAUAAACAGAAGAGGGGCUGGAGACAUGUGGAGCCUCGACAUCGUCCAAACAGUCUCUGAAGAUAUGGUGUUGGCAGAGUCAGUGCCGCUCAGUCAACUCACCCAGAACAGCUUUGCUCCAGUGGAGAUUCUGACAAACACCAAGGCCUGUUUGAAGCCUGUCAGGACCAUAAGAAGGCCUUUUGAAACGAAUGCCAAAAUAAUUAACGAGACAGCAUCAAGUGGAAAUUACAAUAGUCAACAGAGCAGACAUGGAAAUGUUGAGAAUAACUACACACUGUCCGAUGAUAUCAUGCGUCAGCCCAGUGGACAUGGAAUCGACCAGGAUGACGACAUGAGGUCAGAUGACAAUAACACGAGUCAGCAUGGUGGAUGUGAAAAUGAUCAGGACAGCAGCGUGAGAUCAUUGCAGAACAGCCCAGAUUCCUCCAACUCAUCUAGCUUCUUGACGGAGGAGGAGUAUUUAGAGGAGCUUGAAAACAUUAUUUUAAAAAGUCUCCCCUUCACAGAGGAGGACUUUAAGCCCUGGGGCCUCCUGCAGCAGAGCUCUGUGCAACAGUUCCCCCUCUGUCCGCUAAAUGAUGCAAAAGAGGAUGACAUCUCAGGCAAUUAAUGUGACCUGACGUCUAAGUUUUUGCCUUGCUUUAGAGGCCUUCUAGAGUUUUCUGUGUGUGUGUUUAAGCACUUUAAAGUCAACACACUACUUUCUGUGCUCUGUCCUUGGUAACUUCCUGUUUUAUAUAAUAUUUGUGACCUUUAUGGACCAGUAUAUAAAUGUAUACUAUGGAUAAGGCAGAGUCACAGCUUUCAGUAGUAAGUAACUGAUGUUUGUAAAGUCACAUUUUUAAAAUAGAUAAGUGAAUUACUGUGUUUUUUGUUUGUUUGGUUUUUUUUGCCUUGAGAACCAGCUGUCUUGAAACACUGGUCACUUUUAAUCCUUCAUUUUUUAACAGUUGAAAAUGAGAGCCAUGGGAUAUUGGAGUGCUUUGAAAUAUCAGCGGGGUUUUGAGCCAAAAUCUUAAUUCAGUUUUAGCCUAAAAUCUGAAACAAAGUGAGAAUUUUUUUCUGCCAAAUGCUAGAUCAGCCUUUUUCACCUAAACUUUAACUUUUAUAUUAUUAGUGGGUGUGAGUCUUGCCCCUUUUGAAUAAAUUUCUUUUUGGUGUGGUUUUGGUAUCAUCUGUAUUUUGCAGUUUUGAAUCGAGUGGUUGUUGUGCUGGUACUUCAUAGUGAAAAAAACCGAAUGCUUCCUGGGGCUGUCUUUGCUUGUAACGGUAUGCUUUUCUAAGUUUUGAGAAGAUACUGUACAUGAUUAAGUAUUUUUUCUAAUAUAGUAUUUGGCAGCUAUGGUAAAGGUUGUUUCUUCAUUAGUCCACCAUUGAAGAACUAUUAGUGUGAAACACUGCUCAGCAAACUCCACUUUCACCCUGAGAUUUUAUUUUUUGAAGGUAUUAGUCAUACUAGUCGACAAUGCAAGUACACUUGUUAGGAAAAAGCUGUGUUAAAUUAGCUGCAUGUAUAAUAGCAAUAUUGCUUCCAGUUGUAUUCGUACUACAGCUUAAUGUGUGGUUCAACGCGUUCUUUGUUCCUUUGCCAACUCCAAAAAGUAGCUGCUAUUAUCCUUUUUACAUGUUUUGAUUAGAGGUGACAUAAACCAGUGGUGUGCAGCUCGGCUGCCUUCUGUGGGAAUUUAAUACGCUGGCAGUGUUAAUCCCAGAUCUUACUUGGUGUACUACCGUACUAUAAAUCUCACCUGUUGACCUAUUAACAUUUGUGAAGCCACACUUAACCUUUUUUUUUUUUUUUUGAGGAAUCCUGUUCUGUAGUUUUAUCCAAACCUUUGUCUAUUGUGAUUCACCACUACUUACUGUAUUUAUCUUUGUUCCAUAUUUCUAAAUAAAGCAACAUUUUAUGAUAAAGGAAAAUGUCCAACUUCACACAGAUUCUCUUGUGAGGUAAAGGAAGAGGAAACUCUAAUACAUGUAACUAUUAUACAGAUGUAUGUUGAAUUCAGGCUCCUUAUGUACCAGUUGUUUCCUCAGUAAAUUACAGAUUAUUUGCA